AUGGCUUUGGCUAAUUUUCUUGGCGUGUUCUUAUCGAUGGAGUUAAUAGCAAGUGGCCAUAGAUUUGGAGCAAAUGGCUUGAGCAUGAACUAUUAUGUCUUCAAUUGCCCAUUAGCUGAGCCAAUUCUGAGAAACACAGUGACAAGCGCUUUGCAGUCUGAUCCUACCUUAGCUGCUGCUCUUGUUAGAAUGCAUUUUCAUGAUUGCUGGAUACAAGGAUGUGAUGGGUCUAUCCUACUUGAAUCAACAAAGGAUAACAAAGCAGAGAAGGAUUCUCCAGGAAAUCUAAGUCUGAGAGGGUUCAAGCUAAUUGAUGAUGUAAAGGAGCAACUUGAAAACCAAUGCCCUGGUGUUGUCUCAUGUGCUGAUAUCGUAGCAAUGGCUGCUAGAGAGGCAGUUGCUUGGUCAGGAGGGCCAGUGUAUGACAUACCAACAGGAAGAAAAGAUGGAAGGAGGUCUAAAAUUGAAGAUACUUUCAAUUUGCCAUUUCCAACUUUUAAUGCCUCAGAGCUCAUCAGAGUUUUUGGCCAACGUGGUUUCAGUGCCCAGGAAAUGGUUGCUUUGUCUGGGGCGCAUACACUAGGGGUGGCAAGAUGUUCAUCCUUCAAAAACAGGUUGAGCAACCCUAUUGACCCAACCAUGGAUUCAGACUUUUCCAGAACAUUGUCCAAAACAUGUAGUGGAGGAGACAAUGCAGAGCAACCCUUCGAUAUCACAAGAAAUAAUUUUGAUGGCUUCUACUUCCAAGCAUUGCAGAGGAAAGCUGGAGUUCUUUUUUCAGACCAAACCCUAUACGGUAACCCAAAAACAAAAGCAGUUGUCAAUAACUAUGCUCUGAACCAGGCCAUGUUUUUCCUUGAUUUUCAACAGGCAAUGGUGAAAAUGAGUUUGCUUGAUGUCAAGGAAGGUUCAAAAGGAGAAGUAAGAGCAGAUUGUCGUAAAAUUAACUGA